CUCCCACCCGCCCCCCCCCCCCCCUCAUCCUCUUUUCCCUCUGUUCUCAAUCUUGCAACUGCACAUCCCACCUACUAGCUCAACAACAACAUGCGCUUCUCGCUCGGUGCCCUCGCAGCGAUCUUCCCGCUGGCAGUCGCCCUGCCUCAGAUUACCCGCUCUGGCAAGUACCUCUACGACCCGAGCGGCGCACGCUUCUAUAUCAAGGGUGUGGCAUACCAGCCGCAAGGUAACCUCGCCGUGUCGACUACGGCCAACGAAGUCAAUGGCGGAUUCCCCGAGCCAUCCGACUUUGUUGACCCUCUGUCGUCGGCGACCAACUGCACCCGUGACAUUCCGUACCUCAAGCAGCUUGGUGUCAAUGCCGUCCGUGUCUACAGCGUCAAUGCGUCGCUCAACCACGACUCGUGCAUGAGUGCUCUCGACGCUGCGGGCAUCUACGUUCUCCUCGAUGUUUCGCUCCCCCUCAACGGCAGUAUCGACCGUGCCUCGCCUUCCUGGACCACCAGCCUCCUCAACGAGUACACGAGAACUGUCAAUGCCUUCAACAAGUACCCCAACAUUCUUGCGUACAACAUUGGCAACGAGGUCAUCAACACGGUCAACAACAGCAAUGCUGCUCCUUUCGUCAAGGCUGCCGCUCGCGACACCAAGGCGUACCUCCGCUCCAUCGGCUCCAAGGCUCUCGUCGGUUAUGCUGCCGUCGACACCGACCUCGACUUCCGCAACGCCCUCGCUGACUACCUGACCUGCGGCAACGACAGCGUCUCGGUUGACCUUUAUGGCCUGAACAACUACGAAUGGUGUGGUCAAGCGACUUACAGCACCUCGGGAUGGAACACCAUCACUCAAGGCUUCUCCAACCUCACUGUCGCCGCUUACAUGUCCGAGUUUGGCUGCAUCACCGCCGGCCCUCGUCUGUGGACUGAGAUCCCUGCCUUGCUCUCCUCCCCCGUUUCCGACGUCUUCUCUGGAGGAAUCGCCUUCAGCUACUUCCCCACCAGCGACGACUAUGGAAUGGUUACGUUCUCGGCUGACGGCUCGACGGUCACGGUCAACAGCGACUUUACUGCGCUUGGACGCCAGUACUUGAACGCGACCGGCCCCAACAGCCCUGCUCAGAGCUCGCAGAGCAACGCGGCUCUGGCGUGCCCUGCGUCUAGCCCCAUCCUCGCCGCCGGCACGAACCUCCCACCCACGCCCAACCAGGAGGUCUGCGACUGCAUCAACAAGAACGCCCUUCCAUGCACGGCCAUCCCCGCUACGGCGAACAACCCUAUCAAGGUUGGCGCGCUUAUCAACGAGGCUUGUGGCCUUCUCGCGAACAGCAACUCGACCAUUACGUGCACCGCCAUUGCUGGUGAUGGCCUGACUGGUGUUUACGGUCCCCUUGCCAUGUGCGCUCCCGACAUCAAGCUCAACUAUGUCAUGUCGGCCUACUACGACGCCAACCCCGUUGCCACGUCUUGCGACUUUGGCGGCAACGCCACGCUGUCGACGUCGCCCCUUGGUGCCGAGGCUGCUCAGAGCGCCGCUGCGUCGUGCCUCGCUGGCAAGCCCCCUACCUUCACCCCCACUGCGUCGGAGCCCCCUACGACGCCGAGUGGAUCUUCGAGCAGCCCCGCCACUACGUCGUCGCACAAGCCCAGCUCUGGCCGUCUUGGCUCUCUUCUCCCGACCUCGUCGGUGGCUACGCUUCUUCUCGGUGCCGUUGGCUUCUUUGCUGGCGCCGCGGUUGCCAUUGCCUAAGGUUGUCACCCAGCAUCCCGAUAACAGGGAAGAUAUCAUAUGGACUUUGAUGAGAGUAUCGUAAUGGAUAAGCAUGUAGUCAAGUGAGCAGGGUGUUGUCGAG